GGAUCAUUGGUAAUUACAAGAAAGUCAAGUGACAAUGGUUCAUUGAAAGCUUUAGUAUUAAAUUUAAAUUCAGGUACUUUAAUCAACACCAGCAAACAAAGAUAUAUCUUAUCAAAGUCAGUUUUAGAUGAAAUUAACCUGUUAUUAAACAGGCUUGAUCUUAGUGAAGGUAACCUAGAUUUUAGAAACUCAUCAAUUCCAUCUUCAUAUAUUUAUUUCAUGGCUUAUACUCAAUAUGGUAAUAGUGUUGUAUGGCAAGGUAAACAUUAA